ACAUCAUCAUCGGGCAAAAUGGACCAGCACAGUGCGGACAAUUGCAAGUGCCACAAGCAGGCGCAGCCGGCACAGCAGACGCUCAGCGAUAUGGACUUUGAUCGGGGCAUUUGGAAUGCGGCCAUAUACAACGAGGUGGAGCGAGUGCGUGAGUUCAUCAAGAAGGGUCAGGCAAUGGCGCGCGACGAUUGCGACUACACUGCCCUACACUAUGCGGCCCGCAAUGGCAACGAGCAGAUCUGCAAGCUGCUGCUGGAGGAGGGCAAAGUAGAUGUAAAUGCAGUGACUAAAGCGGGCGCCACGGCUCUGCAUCGUGCUGCCAUGAUGGGCCACUUGGACAUAGUCAAGCUGCUGGCGGAGCAGCCGAAGGCUAAUCUGCUGCUGCAGGAUGAGUGCGGGCAGAGUGCGUUGCAUCGCGCCGCGCUCCGUGGCCAGCUGGAGGUGUGUCGCUAUCUGUUGAAGCAGCAGCCAGCACUGAAGCUGCUCAAGGACAACAAGGAUAAGAUCGCAUUUGAGUAUAUCAUGGAGAAUGCCAAUGAUGAUUUCAAGCUGCUGCUAAAGCCCUAAACAUGGACAAACAUGAAGUAGUCAAAUAGAUUCUAACCGUUUUGUAGCUCUAUAAGUUUGAUCUAUAAUAAUGUCCAAAUGACCUAAAUUUUAUGGUAUUUGUUAUCAUAUUUUUUGUAGGCAUAUUCUAUAGGGCAGUUAGUUCUCAUUCGUAAUAUUUGUAUGUAUAUUUUUUUUGUAAGCGCAAAAAUGUUUAAAGAGAAACGAAACCAAUUCAUAUUUUAUAAUUGUUCACAGUUUUCUCUAUAUAGUUGCCUUUAUUGUAAACACGCAGUUAAAGUGUCUUAAUUGAAUACAAGAAUAUUGCAAAAGUCAAACUUUGGCAUGAAUCGAAUCUAAAGAACAUGUUGAAUAUAUUUAGACUACAUAUGGGUUAUAAAUAGAUAGAUAGAUUCCCGCUAUGUGCAUGCCUAAAUGAAAUGUUUUUUAUAGUGUGCCCAGAAGAUCGUGUACCUUCAACUAGACGCAUUCAAAUACCCUACAUUUUCACAUACAUACACUACACUAAGGGGCAAUAUACAAACUAUGCAUACCUAUGCUACAUACGUA